AUGCCCUGCUUCAAGGGCAUUGCGGUGAGCAUCCAUGCCAACUCCGCUCCGCUCCCCGAAUACGGCAUCCAGAAGCAGUCGAGGCUGUCCCGCAUCAGCACCUACAUUCCGGUGCCGCAGCCAACCCUCAACUCGAGCAACAAGCCGGAACCCGCCAAAUUUGCCAUUUCCAUCACGCUCUUGACGCCCGGCCUCCCCAUCCCGUACUCGGCUCCCAAGGCGUCCGAGUCCAACCCCUACCCGAAGCCGCAAUUCGUCGGGGGUCUCCACUCUGGCUCUCAGAAUGCAGGCAAGGCUGCUGGAGCGGUCGCUCCCUACAUGCCCUUGACAAACUCGGAAAACGAAACGAUUGCCGCCUACAUUUAUUUUGAUGGGAGAGGCAAAGAAGAGGUGGCCACCCUGCUUCGACCAGGCGAGGAAACCUGGGUCAAUAGUCGCUGGGUGCAGGUCCCCGAUUCCGAGGGCGGCGGCCUAGCUGAGCGCGAAUUCCUCUUCCGAGAGGUUGGUCUUGAGCGCUGGCUUAAUGGCCUGGACCUCAAGGGCCACGAUGCUGCGGAAAAGCUCGAGAAGCGGCGUCAGAAAUUCGAGAGAAGGAGGCGGCGACAGGCCGCAGCUUUGGAGGGGAACUCUACCAUGGAUGCAGAUGGGCGCAAGGGAACUCUUCGAUAUGGCGAUGAGGCUUCCCCCAUCGAAGCAGUCUAUGACGAUUCUGACUCUUGGUCGGAUGAUGACGACGAACCCCCGGAGGCGACAGGUCAGAUUAAGGUGGCAAUGUUCCGCGUCCUGGCUUCAGGAGAGAUUAAGAAGGGGGAAUACUCACCUCAGUUUGACGCACACGACGGGGAUGAAGAAUACGAGAAUGGCAAUGGCAUCGACGCGGAUGUUGAGCAUACGACUAGUUUUGCCAAGCCCAAGACGCUUGAUCCUAAGACCAUCAGCACUCAAACAGUUACUGGAAUCGAUGGCCCAGACAAGCCUUAUGCUACCUUUACAUUUUUCUAUCGCGGUGAAAGACAACUGCAAAAGAUUGGCGUCCUUCAAUCGGCGAAGAAUAACCCUCAGGCUACUGCCAUCUCUGCCAAAAGGCGCUCGGGUCAGAUAGACUUCUCUAACAUAGGCCCUCUCAAAGCAGGCGGCACUGUUGGAUUCUCUGCCUUCCGAGAUCAAGAAGCCGAAGAGGCGCGACGAAGGAAGGCUAGGAAGAAGAGCAACGGCAACGUCGCCGAUGAUAGCGAUGACGAUGACGAAGAGAGCGCAAUCAUUGGCAAGAUGGAAGAAGUAGCCGACAAGGAAACCAAUUCCAAGCUAGCACCAGAGGAUGCAAAGUUCCAAGGCGAAUUAGCAGACGGUGUUAACCGUAUACACCUUAAGAGGGCACAUUCGGCCGAACCCGACGCAAAUUCCACCCCGGAAACCUCACAGCGCACCGACUCUCCGGCCGACCCAGGAUUGUUGGCCGGAUCAGCACCAAGCGCUUCUUCGAGCCUACAAGCCAAUUUCGAUUCUCUUGCCGCCGCAAUGGUUGGCAGUCCGCUUAAGAAAGCACGGCCAAGCGUCGACCAAGGCAAUGACGGGGAUAGAUUCUCUGCUACACAAAGCCUGAGUGCAGCUCUGGGCACUGCUGUUUCCACUAAAGCUGAAUCCCCAACCAAAGAAGGUGCUUCUACGUCAACACCAGAAAUCAGAAUAGAAGAGGAAGAGCUGUAG